AGCUUUCUUUAGAUUCUUGACAGCUCAAAGGCAGGUUCUUCGCAAACUGAAUGUAUCAAGUGAGGUCUUACCUGAACUACAUGAUUCAUCUAGCAAUUGUAUUUUACUUCAUUGUUUGUAACUUUUUUUUAACAUGGAUAUCUAGCAGGGACAUAAGCUCCAGCUUUUUGUUGUGCAAAUAAUUUGUAUUUAUUCAAGACAUUGCACUAUACAUAUGUUUCCCAAACAUUAUUAUAAAAAUAUUAAUGAAAAACAUGCUGCCUAUAUUAAAAUACUAUGAAGGGUAUAAUUCUCUGAAUGUUAUCUGUUACAACAGUGUACAAAUGCUAUAACAAGUAGUUUAGUGGCAGCUUUGAAUCCUGGCAAUACCAAUGCCAGGUAAGUUCAAUUUACUGUAGACAGUCUUUGCAGGGAUUAUGUUAUAUUUUGAACAUAUCUUCCAAACUCUUUCACUGUUUCAGGAUACAGCAGACUUUAACAUGUACAUUUCAGGGGAUCUUGGUCAAUUCUAAGAGGAUAAGUGUUGAUUAAAGUUGCUUGUUUUGUAUUAGCUCAAGUAUUCACUUCAGUUGUUUUGCCGGCUCAAAACAGAAAACACCUCUGAAAACAAAGUGAAAGUGCACAUGUAGGUCAGAUACACUGAGGAAUCCUGAGAGACCUCAUAGUAGCCUACAGCUGGAAUGCAGACACAAAACAUAGGGAUCUACUGUAUUAUUCAGAAAAUCUGUUGGGUUUUUUUUUUUAGCGUAGAAAGUAUACCGUCCUUCAAAGGAUAUUUUCAUAACUAGUGAAUUUCUAGAGUCCUGCUAUUGUUGGGAGUAACCUGCCCUUGCUACAGCUCUGACAAUUACACUGGUCACAUUAGUGGCCAUGUAUGAAUUGGCCUGAUGUUGGUGGUUAGUCCUGGCAUCCUGAAACAGGGAUCAUAAACCUGAGGUUGAGCAUGAGUUAUGGGGUAGCAAUAGAGAAGCUUGCACUGCUGCUAUAGCAAUAGUCAGCAUUGCGUGACACAAGCAUUUACACAACUUCAAAAUGUAAAAUACAAUUAGACAAUAGUUCCUUCAUCUCCUUCACUCUAAAAAACAUUUCUUUUUAAUCCAUCUUCUGUCACCUAGUUAUGGUCUUUGAUCAGGCAGCAUGCCCAAUGACAGACUUCUAAAACUAUGUGGAGUUGCCUUGUCUCUCAAAAAUCCUGACAAACUAGACUGCUUGAUUUCCUGUUUCAGUAUCACACAGAUAAUUACAGCCAAAACAAAGAUUCAUUAAUUCAUCUGCUCCUUCUACACGAAUAAAUGUGUGCUACCUAGUAAACAUUAAUGAAACCAUAUCAAUGAAGCUCUAAGAAAUUUGUGGCGCUGUGCAACAAGAAAUCCUAAAAUACUUGGAAAGAUUUUGUAAAAGGGCUAAAAAGUAACAAAGUAUUAAACUUCUGCUUUGAACAACAACUGCCUUGCUCUGUUAGAGCAGCCCAAAUUUGCCUGCUGCAUCCAUGAAAGCUGUUCAUUCAGUGAAGGUCAAAGGUUUUGUUGUUGGUGAACCAGCUGAUGAUCUGUAAGCCCGUCGGGCUGUACUGCUGAGCAUAACAAACUGCUGUGCAUUGCUGACGUGCGUCACAGGACCCUGGGGUUUUGCACGGGGAUUAGUCAGGCUGUAUUUGGAAACGCCCUCAACUGCACCCUGUGCUGCUAUAUUAGUGUGUCUCAAGCAAGAGGAAUUUUCUUUUGCUUCUGCAGCUGCUCCUGCAAAACCCUCUGCCUGCAUGCAAGCCCUGCAUCUCUGGACUCUGCUUGCCACCUAUGCUGUUGCAGUAGGACAAAAUCAAGGACAGAAGAAUCAGGAGUGCCCUAAGCUCAACGCACAGAUGCCAGAAUUUCAGAAGAAGACUGUCCAUAUUAAGGACCCAGCAAGAGUAGAGGAGAUUAUUUGUGGCCUCAUCAAAGGUGGAGCUGCCAAACUUCAGAUUAUUACAGAUUUUGAUAUGACAUUAAGUAGAUUUUCCUACAAUGGAAAAAGAUGUCCAACUUGUCAUAACAUCAUUGAUAACUCUAAGAUAAUCACAGACGAGUGUCGGAAAAAGUUAUUGCAGCUGAAAGAAACUUACUAUGCCAUUGAAAUUGAUCCAGCUCUCACCAUUGAAGAGAAAUACCCAUAUAUGGUAGAAUGGUACCAUAAAUCUCACUCACUACUCAUUGAACAAGGAUUACAGAAGGACAAGUUUCCAGAAAUUGUAAGGGAAUCUGAUGUUAUGCUGAAAGAAGGGUAUGAGAACUUCUUUGAUAAGCUCAGUGAACAUAAUAUUCCUGUGUUCAUAUUUUCUGCUGGGAUUGGUGACAUUCUUGAGGAAGUAAUCCACCAGGCUGGGGUCUACCAUUCUAAUGUCAAAGUGGUUUCCAAUUUCAUGGAUUUUGAUGAAAAUGGAAUAUUAAAAGGAUUUAAAGGAGAAUUGAUUCAUGUUUACAACAAACAUGAUGGUGCCUUGAAGAACACAGAGUACUUCAAACAGCUAAAAGACAACAGCAAUAUCAUACUGCUGGGUGAUUCUCAAGGAGACUUGAGUAUGGCAGAUGGAGUAGCAAAUGUUGAGCACAUCCUUAAGAUUGGCUAUCUCAAUGAUAAAGUAGAUGAGCUUUUGGAAAAAUACAUGGACUCUUAUGAUAUUGUCUUGGUGAAAGAUGAAUCCCUGGAAGUUGCCAACUCCAUUCUACAGAAAAUCCUGUAAAUUGCAGUCUCAAGUCACUCCAUUCCUUCCAGGAGGCAACUGGACAGAAGAGCACACAUGUGCUAUCUUAGAUGUGUUUAUUAUUCAUUUACGGAACUGUUUGAUUUAAUUUAAAACUUUUAUCUUCAUUUUGGUAUUAUGGAAUAUAUAUCGUAUCAAUUAUCAACCACAAGCUCCUUUUACUGCUCUUACACUGUUCUUUAUUGUCUCACACUCCUGUUAUAACGAGAUCUAAAUUGGAUUUAUAGAUGUGAUAAACUGCUGCUGAUGGGAUACUGUGGUUCACUGUCCUUUUUAAUCAGGCAUUUCAAAACAGCAUUUAGAAAACGUGGCUAUUUUGUAAAAUUGAAGGUGUAAAUGCUCUGUAAAGAGAGUGUGCAUUUGUUGCCUUUUCAAAGGCAUUUCAUUCUCAGCUGUACUUUGAAGGAUCUUACUCACAUGCUACAUAAUUUCACACAGGUUUUUCAGACAUAUAUUUUUCAUCAGUAAAAAUGCUUUUAUUCACCCAAGUCAGGCAAAGUGUUUCUUCUUCAUUCUCUAUCUAUACUGUUUCUUUAUCCUCUGUGAAAUGGGAAGAAUGUUUUACUGUGUCUGAGAUAAAUUUUCUCAUCUUUGUAACAACAGAUUGUUUCACAAGCUGAUAGUCCACAGCCUGCCUGCAAGGAGCAGGGGCAUCCUGAACUAGACCAGGCUGCUCAGAGCCCCAUCCAACCUGACCUUGGAUGUUUCCAGGGAUGGGGCAACCUGUGCCAGUUUCAUCACCCUCACCACAAAAAAAUCUUCUGAAGGUUUUUCCCCUGUACUAAGCACCUUACAGCACCUCUCAGCAUUGUGUACAGAGUACAGCUUUAUACAGCCACAAUUUCAGAAGCUUGCUCAGAUAUGUUGCAGGAUGAGUUAAAGAUGAUGGUGUGACCCUGCUCCUGUGAGGUCUGGGCUGUACUAAAUCUAUUCAUUAAUAAAAGAGAGCAAAUCACGCAA